AUGACGCCCCUACGAUGCGCAAAUGGCGCCUCUGCCGCUCGAUCCUUUGUCCAGCUCGCUAAGCGACGGUAUUCGACCGCUAAUUCACAUGUACAACAAACGCCUCUGGAGUUCCUCGUCCCGCGCAAAACAUCUUAUAUUGGACGCCGCACGUCGAUAGCCACGGCCUCGACAUCAUCAGCCCUGUCAAUAGGCCGACAAACAGCUAGCCGACCUUUUUCAGCAUCUGCUUCUCGUCUCGCUACGAUAUGCGUACAGAACCCUCAGAAAGAUGAAGAUGGCAAGGAUAUGGUGCUGGAAAUCACCUCAAGAGCAGCUCAGCGCCUCUCCGAGAUCAUGGUCAAAGACAAGAACCCGAAUCUAGCGCUACGGAUCCGAGUCGAGAGCGGAGGCUGCCACGGCUUUCAAUACCUGAUGAGUCUCAUUACGAUGCCUACUGGAGAAGCACGCGAAGCAUCUCCUAUCGUUAGCGAGGAAGACAGCAUUUUCCAGUACGUUCCGGACGAGGGCGGUUCCUCUUCAUCCGAAAGCAGCGCCAAGGUCAUACUAGACGAGCCUUCCCUAGAGCUUCUCAAGGGCAGCAAGGUGGACUUUACGCAGGAGUUGAUUGGGUCGCAGUUCAAGAUUGUUGACAACCCGUAUGCGUCAAGCAGCUGCGGAUGCGGGACAAGUUUUGAUAUCAAGAUGUAG